CAAUCCCACAUAAUCCACGCGCUUCAUUCUUUCUUCAACCUUUAAGAAUGCCGAAAAACAAUAAUUAACCGCACAAACUCCACUUUUCUAUUCACACACUCUUUUCAUGAAAAAUUAACUCUCCUAAUUCUCUCUCUGCUCUCACUAUGGCAAAUCCACCCAAAGACACUCAUCUUUCCGACGACGACGACGCCGGAGCCGCUUUCGUCCUCCAAUCCAAAGGUCAAUGGUGGCACGCCGGAUUUCACUUAACGACGGCGAUAGUUGGACCAACGAUUCUGACGCUGCCGUACGCGUUCAGAGGAUUAGGGUGGUGGAUUGGGAUGUUAUGCCUAACGGUUAUGGGCGUUGUGACGUUCUACUCUUAUGGUCUCAUGUCUAAAGUUCUUGAUCACUGUGAAAACGCCGGUCGCCGUCAUAUUCGGUUCCGGGAACUCGCCGCCGAUGUGUUAGGUUCUGGUUGGAUGUUCUAUUUUGUAAUCUUUAUUCAAACGGCUAUCAACACUGGCGUAGGCGUAGGGGCUAUUCUGCUUGCUGGUGAAUGCCUUCAGAUUGUGUACUCCAAUAUUGCGCCUCAUGGAUCAUUAAAAUUGUACCAUUUCAUAGCAAUGGUGACAGUGGUAAUGAUAGUUCUGUCUCAGCUUCCCACUUUCCAUUCCCUACGACACAUCAACUUGUGUUCACUUUUUCUCAGCUUAGGCUACACCUUCCUAGUAGUUGGUGCUUGUAUUCAUGCAGGUACAUCCAAAAAUGCCCCUCCAAGGGACUAUUCCUUAGAGCCCAAGAAAUCCUCAAGGGCCUUCAGUGCCUUCACUGCCAUCUCCAUAAUUGCAGCAAUAUUUGGGAAUGGAAUAUUACCUGAGAUACAAGCAACUCUAGCACCUCCUGCAACUGGAAAGAUGAUAAAAGGCCUUACUAUGUGUUAUGCUGUUAUAUUGGUGACUUUCUACUCUGCUGCGGUUUCUGGAUAUUGGGUAUUUGGAAAUAAGUCCAAUUCAAAUAUUUUGAAGAGUUUGCUGCCAGAUGAAGGACCUUCUUUGGCUCCAACUUGGGUCCUUGGACUCGCCGUCAUCUUUGUUCUUCUUCAGCUCUUUGCAAUUGGUUUGGUUUAUUCUCAAGUUGCUUACGAGAUAAUGGAGAAAAAAUCAGCUGACGUGAAGCAAGGGAUCUUUUCCAAGAGAAAUCUUCUUCCACGGAUAAUUCUACGAACAAUUUACAUGAUUUUCUGUGGAUUUAUAGCAGCCAUGUUGCCAUUUUUCGGAGACAUAAAUGGCGUGGUUGGUGCUGUUGGUUUCAUUCCUCUGGAUUUUGUUUUGCCUAUGAUUCUAUACAACAAAACACACAAGCCUCCAAAAUCAUCAUUCACUUACUUGAUCAACAUCUCAAUCAUGGUUGUAUUCACUGGUGCAGGAAUCAUGGGUGCAUUCUCUUCUAUAAGAAAAUUGGUUCUUGAUGCCAACCAAUUUAAGCUUUUUGGCAGUGAUGUUGUGGAUUGAGAAAAUGGACUUAGGAAUCAUGAACUGCAAGCAUAGAAUUUACACUUGCAUUGUUAAUAUGAAAAAGCAUACAAGGUUGUUGUUUUAGUUUAUAAAAUGGGAGAUAGGGAAGAAUCAAAUACUAUCUUAAAUUGAAUUGAAUAUUAGUUUCAAAGAA